AUGCUACGGCGGCCUCAUUCUAUUCACCAACCUCAUCACAUUCCUUGCCGAUCAUCGGCCCAAAUCGCAGCAUCAAAGCUCAUCCAGCACCUGGAUUCGUCCCUCUCGUCACUAAGAUUCGUCGACUUUUGCGCUGGAGCUGGUGGUCCGUCACCGCUUAUCGAGCGACAAAUCAACACAUACCUACGCAAUAGUAACCGUGAAGAAGUCGACUUUGUUCUAACGGAUAUCCACCCAAACAUUGACGCGUGGGCACGCAUCGCCAGUCAGAACCCGCAUAUCACUUAUGAAGGUCAAAGUGUGGAUGCAUCUCGGGUUCCUGAGAGGCUUAUCCAAUCCAAGGACGGUCGAAGCGUCUUUCGCCUGUUCAACCUGGCAUUCCAUCACUUCGACGGUGAUUUGGCUCGACGCAUUCUGAAAGACACGGUUGAACGGAAGCAAGGCUUUGCUAUAUUUGAGCUUCAAGACCGCAGCACCUUGAGCUUCAUGGCAGACCUCCUUCUACCAAUCGGGGUCAUCCUUUCAGCGCCCUACUACGCCUUGAAAUGGGGAGCUCCAUCCGUCUUCAUCUUCACAUGGCUCAUUCCGGUUAUACCGUUAGUCUUGAUCUGGGACGGAAUUGUAUCUUCACUACGGACUAGAGAGCCAGAGGAGGUUGAGGCGCUGCUUCGUAGUUGCGGUGCUGAUGCAACUGGAUGGGAGAUGAGAAGCGGAAAGGAAACGUUCUUGUGGCCUUGCGGACACAUUAACUGGAUUAUUUGCCAGCCGGUAAGGAAGUGA